UCUAUCCACACCGACGCUUGAAUACGGCCGCUACACAGUCACGAACCACGUUGGGUGAUGUGCGGUUAGCCAACUCGCUACCCAUUGGUAAGUGUUUUGUGUGCGUAUUUUCAUCCCGUCGCCAGAACACAAUGAAAAAGCAAAUCGCCAGUUUCAUAAGCUCUAAGUUGGGCACUGCACGUGCUGCGCACGUGGCAACAGCGCAUCCUGUGAACAUUCGCACUGAUAACAGUAAAUCCCUUGAGGCUAUCCCCGGCCCCAGUGGAAUACACGCCCUGCCGUACAUCGGACCCGCCUUCAUGUUCCGGCCUUUCGGAAAAUUUCGUCCGGACAAACUUAACCUUUUGUUCCAAGAACUGCAUCAGAAAUAUGGGAAGAUCGUCAAAUUCCGGAAGGGUUCGUCAUGGGCCGUGUUUCUGUUUGACCCCUCUCUUAUCGAGGUCGCCAUGCGUCAUGAAGGACGUUACCCCAAACGGCCCAGCAUGCCAUUACUGGACACGUACUGCAAGAGGUCAGGAGCACCGCCGGGAAUCAGUCAGCUUACCGGCAAGGAAUGGUACGACGUACGGAAGCCCGUCCAGGACCGGACGAUGAAGCCUCACGUUGUUGCUCAAUAUCUACCUUCUCAGAGAGAUGUUGCAGACGAUAUGGUCUCCACCAUCAAAUCUCAGCAACUUCACGUUGACGACCUGAGCAAACUCCUUUUCAGAUACACUGCAGAAUCGACUGGGUUGUUUUGCUUCAACGUGAGACUGGGAUUCCUGGACCACAGGGGUUGCCCUAUGACCCGGAAGCAGGAGGACAUGUUGAAGAGCAUCCGGCAGUUCCUGGCUCUCGUGGCCCAGAGCUUCUAUACCUUCCCCACCUUCAAACUGUACCCCAACAAGCUGUACAGGACAUUUGAAAAAGUGUAUGGUGAUGUACAAAAAACAGGCAAGGUGUAUGUGGAGAGUAUGUACAGGGAACUGUGUGAGAAGAAGGCCAGUGGGACCCUGGAUCCCCACGAACCCAAUCUGCUGUUGGCGCUGCUCAAUGAUGACCGUCUUCCAAAAGAGGCCUGCUUCCGCGUCAUGUCCAGUUUUUUCACAGUGGCUACGGAGAAUGUUGCCAAGUCCCUGUCGUUGUCCCUGUGGCUGCUGGCGAAGAAUAAGGACAAGCAGCAGAUUCUGUACCAAGAGAUUAUCUCCGUUUGUGGCACCGGGAAGAUCAAUGCAACGUCUCUGUCUCACAUGCCCUAUCUCAAGGCCUGCGUUAAGGAAGGGCACAGACUGGGAUUCCCUUCUCCUGUGGGUUCUGUCAGGAUCAUCGACAAGGACCUUCAACUGGACGGCUAUCACAUUCCAAGAGGGACAGAGGUUCACUACGGCCAUAACGUCCUGUGCCACAGCCCGGAGUAUUUCGACACGCCCAAGGCCUAUAUCCCGGAGCGCUGGUUGAGGGACAAUGGCAAUAACACCAACAACUAUCUUCAGUCAUUCAUAGUCAUGCCCUUCGGUUUCGGCACCAGGAACUGCCCGGGUAGAAGAUUCGCUGAACAGCAGUUGUUCUUGGCCUUAAUCACGCUCAUCCAGUCGUUUGAAAUCUCACUACAGGAUCCAGAGGAACAGCUCAGCAUCGUAUACAACAUCCUGGCAACGAAAGAAACUCCACUAGAGUUGAACUUCAAACAACGCAAAAAAUAGAACCGAGAAUGGCAGAGACUGUUUGCCAUUUCAAAUGGCAAUCAAGAAUUCUGCGCAGGCGCAGAUACACUCCAAGGUGAUUGGCUAGAGCAGAUGCCACAUGACUCGAUGACCAACGUUACACUUGUGUUGCUUGAGAUGGUUUCGUGGCUUAAUGACAGAACUAGUGACUGCAUCAUCGUCCACACUCCACGAGAUAAAUUCAUCACGUUCCUCCAUAGCCCUUGGGUGCAUACGGCCGACAGGCAGGGUAGUGAUGACGUGUGUCUAUUUUUAAUCAGCUAAUGAAAUGAGGCCGUGGAUAACUCACGGAAGUCAUAUUAACCCUACUCCAUGCAGGGCUUUGUGCGAACCCUAUCAUGCCUGCCAUCCAGGCAAUGUGUGGAGCAGAUACCACAAGGCUUUGGCACUUGUUGCACACGAUGUGUAGAUAGACACAUUGCCGUUGUCCGAUGUAAACUGGGCGUUCAUUGGCCUGUGUACUUGCUGGUUUGCUUCCCCUUGAACCCAAUCUCGUUAAAAUCAGAUCUUAGUUCUCGCCAUCGCUAAUCAAAGAUCUGAGGACAUCCCAUUACGGGUCACGUCAGAACGUCCUUUCAUCCAACCAAUAAAAGCGACGCUUGCCAGAUCAUGAA